UUGACUUGUUAUCUUCAAACAACACCUCGCACGCUGGAGCUGUUCGUGGAGUCCCUACUCAACAAGGCCAUGCAGGUCACAAUGCAGCGGAACGCGAAGACCCUCAGCCCUUCACAUAUCAAGCAGUGUAUACUGGCCGAGUCGAGAUUUGAUUUCCUACGAGACUUAGUGAAGAAUAUACCUGAUGUCACCGCAGCAGAAGAGAAGGAGAUGCAGAGCGGUGAAAGUUCGCCGAACUCGAGGUUUUCAGAUGUCUCAAGUCAACAGAGGGUAGUCAGACAAGAUUCGAACAGCUCAAGCAGUUCUGAUGUUAAAAUACAACAAUGUGUACCUCUGAACAAAGUUAGAUGUCUUUCUGUGGACGCCGAUGCCAAACCCAAGAUCGAGACGGUUACUUCUCAGGCUAUUGACUUGACAGUAAUAAAGAAUGACAAACCAAUAAUACCCGCAAAUUUCUAUCAAGAAACCCUGCCAGAUGAAAUGUCACAUACAAGUGUUAUAGCAGUCAAUCCGAUAUUCGCGAGCCCACAGCCUUCGACGUCUAGUCUCGCAGAAGAUCUGCCCAGACUGACCAGUGAAGCCAUUGAUCACAUUUUACGCGAUUACCCAAAGCCAGAACCACUGUUCGAAAUAGAUUUAAGUACAACCCCGCUCACACCUGUUGUGAAGAGUUUGAAGCCGGAGAUUAAAAUAUUGGACAGUGGGGUGGCAAAUACUGUUGGUGUCAAAGUUGAUCGGAAGGUCCGUCGGCGGAACUCGAACUCAAAGGUUAAGAAGAUCGAGAAACCGGUUAUGACGCAGGCGACACAGACGACGUUCACUUGUGUCCAUCUCCAGCUUGACGAGGACUAUGACACAUGAUGUGUUUUUUUUGUUAUUGUUGUGCUGUGUCUAGUAUUGCAUGAUAACUUUUAUCCGAAUCGCACCGUAAGGCUGGUUAAAAACGUAACGUUUCAACAUGAAUUUCUCGGAAAAAUGCAUGCGGCUACGUCAAAGGAACCCUGGCGCAAGGAGGCGAUUUUUGAGUUUCGAACACACUUAUUUAGGGACGUAUGGUCGAAAUUAAGGGACCUUAGACACUACGAUUUAUUCUAUCAACCCUUUCAUACGAUCAUAAAAUUGUAGGUGCAGGUAAUAAAUUGAUGUAGAUGACAAUUUCUUCCUUCGCUAUCGACGCGGACUUCUUACGGUGUUCUUUAGUAAUUUACUAAACUCUCACGCUUCCAGCACGAAACAUGCUCGUUAAUAGCAUUUACUCUGGAAGGAGAUUUAAUAUACCUAAAUAACUAAAUUGGCCUUUUUCAUGUUUAGCAGCAAAGUGACAACAGCACCUUAACGUGGUGUGAAAGAGUCCUAACUAUCACACAGCACUAUUUCUCGCAUAAUUAAAAAUAAUCACUGAUAAUAUUAUUAUUAUUAGCCUUUAAAUGGGACAGUUUAUCUUUUUUUAAUAAGUAUCACUUUUUCUCCACUUCUACUUGUCCCGUUGCCAGUAGGUAAGAGCCACAGACUAUUCAAGAAUAAAUAAUUCAAUAAUAAUCGUGAAGAUUUGCCUCGUCACUUAUUCCCGAUCUUCCCACGAAUCGCCUUUGAGUUUGAGUGUUCGAUUCUCAAAAAUCGUCUCCUAAGUGUACAGUAAAGCUUAUAUUGGGUUGAUUCGUAAAAAUAUAGUUUAUUUGAUUAAAACAAGACCUUGAUUGACUACUUAUUUCUUGACCACUGUGGCAUUUUUAGGUUUGAUGAUUUGGAAUGAAGAUAGUAUGUUAUAAUUACAUAAUGGACAUUA